AUGCCCAUGUCUCAGCCUCGUUUCACUACAAACCCCGAACGCAUCGCUCGGCUGGAGGAGAAUUACAAUGCCGGGGUGGAGCGUGAAAAGAUCCCCGUGGCGGAACGGGAAAAACUUGACCUCGAGUGUUUGAAUGUGUCAUCGGCGAAGCUUCGGUUUCUUUACCAGAACUCGAUGGAGAGCUACGGGCCGGACGUGAAGAACAAUAAAGUGAAGGAGUACAACUUAAAACACGGCUCAGAUUUGUCAAGAAAAUGGUUUGGAAUCUUUUAA